AUGGGAAAAGUGCAAAAGAAAGCUGAGAAAAAGAAGAGUGUAUCCAAAUAUGCCAAUGCAGAAUACGAACCACAAAAUGCCAAGGAACGUAUUGAACAUGAAUUGCAUUUACUCAACGUUCGUAAGCAAGCCAUCACAAGCACCAAAGCACCUACAGUACAUAAAGUUAAAAAGGCUACUACAAAGCGAGGAGUCAGUGCAAAGAAGCAAAAGAAAUUGGCUAGAGCUCUUAUGGUGGCAGACAAAGAAGAAAAGAGAAUCGAAAUAGCACAAUCAAAAGCAGAGAAGCGCAAACUUGGAAAGCAACUUUGGGAUUAG